ACUCGAGCAUUAGUUAUGGCGCAUUUAUUAAAGUUGUUGGUGACGUUGCUCUGCUUGGCGCUGAGCUGUGAGCGGGGCCAGGCGGCGGCCAUUGAGCUGGAGCGAGUGAGCAGCAGCGAGGCGACUCGGGACUGGUGGCAGGUUGCACAGUUCUAUCAGAUCUAUCCGCGCUCCUUCAAGGACUCCAAUGGCGAUGGCAUUGGCGAUCUGCAGGGCAUCAUCUCCAAGCUGGACUAUCUCAAGGAACUGGGCGUGACGGCCACCUGGCUGUCGCCCAUCUUCACCUCGCCCAUGGCCGACUUUGGCUACGAUAUUGCCGAUUUCUUUGACAUCCAGGAGGAGUACGGCACGCUGGAUGAUUUCGAUCAGCUCAUUGCCGCUGCCAACGAGCGCGGACUGAAGAUCAUACUGGACUUUGUGCCGAACCAUUCGAGUGACGAGAACGUCUGGUUCCAGAAGUCGGUGCGCCGCGAGAAGGGCUACGAGGACUACUACGUGUGGCACGAUGGCUAUGUGAAUGCCAGCACGGGAGCGCGGAUACCGCCCUCCAAUUGGCUGCAGGCCUUCCGAGGCAGCGCCUGGGAGUGGAACUCACAGCGUGGCCAAUACUAUCUGCAUCAGUUUGCCGUUAAGCAGCCCGAUCUCAACUAUCGCAAUCCGGCGGUCGUGGCCCAGAUGAAGCGCGUGCUCACCUACUGGCUGGAUCGUGGCGUUGCCGGCUUUCGCAUCGAUGCCGUGCCCUGGUGCUUUGAGGUGCUGCCCGAUGCUGACGGCCGCUAUCCUGACGAGCCGCUGAGCGGCUACACCCAAGAUCCAGACGACUCGGCGUAUCUGAAGCACAUCUACACACAGGAUCAGAUUGAGACCGUGGACAUGGUGUACCAGUGGCGCCAGCUGCUCGACGACUACAAGCGCAUUCAUGGCGGCGAUACGCGCGUCCUCAUGGUGGAGACCUAUUCGAGCCUGGACUACGUCAUGAAGUUCUACGGCAAUCGCACAACCAAGGGCGCCCAGAUCCCCUUCAACUUCCAGUUCAUUGUCGGCGGCGAAGGCAACAAGAACAACACGGAGCUGAGUGCGUAUGGAUUCGUGAAGAUCAUCAAUAGUUGGCUGGGCCAGAUGCCAGCCGACCAAACGGCCAAUUGGGUGAUGGGCAAUCACGAUCAGCGUCGCGUGGGCAGUCGGUAUGGAGAGGAUCGGAUCGAUCUUAUGAAUAUGCUGCAAAUGUUCUUGCCCGGCGUGAGCAUUACGUACCAGGGCGAGGAGCUGGGCAUGACGGACGGCUAUAUUAGCUGGGAGGAUACACGCGAUCCGGCCGCCUGCAACUCGAACGAGACCAUUUACCAGCAGUUCACUCGCGAUCCGGCCAGAACGCCGAUGCAAUGGAGCAGCGAGGCGAACGCCGGCUUCUCCACCAACAGCUCCACCUGGUUGCCCAUCAAUCCCAACUAUGUGACGGUGAAUGUGGCGGCAGAGACGGCCGCCGACACCAGCCACCUCAAACUGUACAAGCAGCUGGUGGAUCUGCGCAAGUCCAAGACGCUGCAGUACGGCACCACACGCUACGCGGCCAUCAAUGAGAACGUGGUGGCCAUCAAGAGGGCGCUGAGUGGUCAGCCCACCUAUGUGCUGGUGGCCAAUGUGCUGAAUAGCCACGUUUGCGGAGUGGAUGUGGCCAGUGAGCUGUACUCCUCCGGCAGCUACAAGAUCAAGCUGCUCAAUCCGCAGGCCAAGGCGGCCGUGGGCGACAGCGUCGCGUUGAACAACCUCAGUAUGCCGCCAUAUGCGGCGCUGAUUGUGGAAUCCGUGUAGAUGGCCUUGUCAUAAGUCAUCAAGCACAGAUAUAUAGAUGUAUAUAUAUAUAUAGAAUAAAUAUGUAUGCCUGUGUGCGCGUACGUAAAAGUCAUUGGGAAAACUUUUCAAUUUGAGGUCGCAGGAUCUGGCAACUUAUUAUAAAUUAUUAGGGAACUUUGUCUGCCUCAAGUAUGUGCCUGCCCCCUGCUCCCGUACCUGCCUCUGCCCCCAUCCCUGCGCCUGCUCCAACUCCAGCUCAACAAAAAUAUAAAAAAAGAAAGAAAUUCCAUUAGGCGUGAUUGAUAAGACACACAAAUCACGCAUACGCAGCGUUGCAGCAGCAGACAUCCGAGCAGCUCGAGCUGCGGUUGAUGCUUGGCUUGACUUUUGCUACCUGGCCCUCGUUCUGCCCAAAGCUAGACACGACUAGCAUGGCAAGCAUGGCGUCGACUGGGGUUAGCUUUUUAAUUUACUUGUCGACCAAGAAAAAAAAAAAUUAUAUACAUAUAAAAUGGGAGCGAGAGUGAAGUGAAAUUAUGAGUUUUCAGCUUGGGGCGAUUCUCCUCAUAAUGUGCUUCAAAUUUAUGUGUAUUUCUCUCUCAACCGCAAAACAUCAAAAACACACGCCCUCAACUGUAACUCGAAGCUCUAAGCCACACAUUAAACAGGAACAGAGCAGAGACCAG